UUUUCAAAAGUUUCACGAUAUUCCAAAGUUCUUUAAAAUGUAAAUAAAGGAGGACUUUAAAAACAUAAAGAAAAGAAGGAAAACAAUUCCUUCUCAAGUUUCUAUUUAUUUUCUUGAUAGAAAAGAAAGAGCAUAUGGCAAUUUUGUUUAAUUUAUAUAGAAUCCUUUUAGGAACAGCAGUUGGAUUUGCAUUUAAACCUUGUAUUUUGGACACAUUCGGCACAAUCGUUCGGGUAGAUGGAAAGUCCAUGCAACCAACAUUAAAUCCAGACACAAAUAAUGUUGAUUUCAUAUUUUUAAAUCGCUGGGCAAUACGCAAUUAUGAUAUUAAUCGCGGGGAUAUUAUUACAUUCGUAUCGCCCAAUGCACCAGAUAGGCAUAUAAUUAAACGUGUCGUUGGUUUGGCUGGAGAUGUUAUUAGUACUAUAGGUUAUAAAACAGAAGUUGUCAAGGUUCCAAAUGGCUACUGCUGGGUAGAAGGAGAUCAUACUGGAUUUUCCUUGGACUCCAAUUCUUUUGGACCUAUUGCCCUUAGUUUACUAAUUGGAAAAGCCACUUAUAUUGUCUGGCCACCAAGUCGAUGGCAGCAUCUUAUUUCUGUCUUGCCAUCUCAUAGAACUCCUUUAAAUUUAACCUGUACAGAAGUGGCCUAAAU